CUUCCUACCCGCAGACGCACGGUGCUCGUCUAUCGGAUGCCAUAACAGAAGCCCCACGCCUGAGUGGAUUACCUUUUCUCCUUUUCAAAAAUGACUCAAAGCUGACUGAAUCUGUCCAUAGCGUCAAUCUGAGGAAGUGUAAUAUGUGGCGGUGUGUGUUUUUAGCACACGUGGAACGCGCCAGGACGACGUGUGAUGGAGGUGCGUGCAAGCGGUGCAUUGUGGGGAUGAAGAGGCGAUGAAGACACCGAGGGCUCUUCGUCUCGGCCAAGGAUGUUAUUGCAGAGGACACACAUCUGCUGGUUGCAUGGAUUUCUUGUUCAGCCCUCCAGCCCAGAGCUGUAAAUUGGCUGACCGUGACCCAAAAGCAAGAAAUUGAUCUUAACUUCCGGGUGUCCAUGUUGUUGACCCGGGGCACCAGGAAUGGUGGAGACGCUGAGUAUCGCCGUCAUCGGUGCUCCCGGAGUGGGCAAAACUUCGAUCAUUCGUCAGUUCAUCUACAACGACUUCUCGGAGGCGUAUACGCCGACUCGUUCCAGAUAUGUGUAUCGACCCUCCGUCAUCCUCAACGGGAGCAUGUACGAGCUGAAGGUUUUGGAUGUCCCGCCGAUAUCUUCCUUCCCGUCCAGCUCCAGUCAGGAGUGGCUGGAUUUACGUUGCAGAGGCGUUCGCAACGCCAACGCCUACAUCCUUGUGUACGACAUCUGCUGCGUGGAGAGUUUUGAAUAUGUGAAGAUGAUCAGACAGCAGAUUGUAGAAAACAGGGAAGGCAGCAGCAGCGAGGUGCCCAUUCUGGUAGUGGGCAAUAAGAGAGACCUGCAGCGGCAGCGCUUCAUGCCUCGCAGGGCGGUGUCAGUUCUGGUCAAGAAGACGUGGAAGUGCGGCUACGUGGAAUGCUCGGCCAAGUUCAACUGGCACGUCGUUCUGCUUUUCAAGGAGCUGCUGGGCAUCGCCGUGGCACGAGGCCUACGGCAGAAUCACACUUCCAUCCGCCUGCAAGGGGCACUGCAGAGGAACCGCUGCACCGUCAUGUGACCCUCAGCGGAGGGGGGCAAAGGACCUCUUGAUCUAAAUGGCUGGAAAUUCAAUACCCUGUGGCCUCCUGCUUUACUGAGCUGAUUUUUCCUAAUGAGAAUUAUUAGAAGCUGCGCUUUCAACAUUACAUUAACAACCAACUGCUUCUGAGUUUUAAUUUUGCUGUUCACUUUCAUAGAAGUAAGAGCGGAGUCAACAUGACACAACAAGGCCUUAUUGCCUUUAUAUUGCACAGACACUUACAGUAGGUGUCUGAAUUCUUACUUGGCUUAGUGAGGGUUUAGAAGGAAAGUAUUUUUGCGAGAUUCAAAAGAGAGAAGCAGCAAUAUUGGUUGAGUCUUCCUUCUGAAUAUGUUAGAGGUGACAACUGAACAAAAAGAGCUUUUUUCAGAGCUAGAAUAGUAUAUGGUGGUACCUCUACUUACGAAAUUAAUUGGCUCUGAAAGUCGUUUUCUUAACUUGAAAAUUCUGUUAGUGGAGACACGUUUUCCAUGUACAAUGGUAUGAAAAAGUAGCUGAACUAGGGUUGUUCUGAUCAUGGUUUUUUUGCUCCCGAUCCGAUCGUUUUAGUUUGAGUAUCUGCCGAUCCUAAUAUUUCCCGAUCCGAUUACUUUUUUUUUUGCUCCCGAUUCAAUUCCAAUCAUUCCCGAUAAUUUUUCCCGAUCAUAUACAUUUUGGCAGUGCAUUAAGAAAAAAAUGAAUAAAACUCGGACGAAUAUAUAUACAUUCAACGUACAGUACAUAAGUACUAUAUUUGUUUAUUAUGACAAUAAAUCCUCAAGAUGGCAUUUACAUUAUUAACAUUUUUUCUGUGAGAGGGAUCCACGGAUAGAAAGACUUGUAAUUUUUAAGGAUAAAUGUGACUUUGUAUAUUGUGACUAAAUAAUGACAUCUAGUGGAUUUGUUGAGCUUUCAGUACUCUAGCCAUUUAACUUUUCUGCCCAAAUGCACGAUGGGAAGUGCAACCAUGACUGUGCAUAUUAGUACCAAUUGCUAUAUCUUCUCUGCAUUGGGAAAUAACAUAGGGUGUUAAGAAAAAGAACACUUACUACCUUUCUUCCCCACAUUCCUUUCCACGAUAUUUCUAAUCAUAGGGAGAGGGAAUGUAAGGCUUCAGCCAAUUAAAAAAAGGCUCCGAAGGCUGCCAAAAUUCUCUCUACUCAUUUUACGCUGCCUAUUAGCUCUAUAUAUAGGUAAAACGGCGCCUUUACAGAUUGAACGCGACAAUGCGUGAGUGGGUCGUGCAGCACAUGCGUUAAUUGCGUUAAAUAUUUUAACGUGAUAAAUUUUUUUAAAAAUUAAUUUUGGCCGUUAACGGGAUAAAUUUAAUAACCCUACCUUAAGCCUAAACUGAAGACUCUGGAUGAGUGUAACAUAUUAUGUCUGUAACGUUUAAUACAAUUAGAAAACGAUUUAAUUUAAAAAAAAAAAUAUAUAUAUAUAUAUAUAUAUAUAUAUUUAUAUAUAUAUAUAUAUAUAUGUAUAUAUAUUAGGGCUGUCAAACGAUUAAAAUUUUUAAUCGAGUUAAUUACAGCUUAAAAAUUAAUCGUAUUUAUUAAUCGCAAUUAAUCGCAAUUCAAACCGUCUAUAAAAUAUGCCAUAUUUUUCUGUAAAUUAUAUAUAUAUAUUCUGUAAAAUAAAUUGGGCGGCACAGUGGCUAAGUGGUUAGCACGUCUGCCUCACAGUUCUGAGAUCAAGGGUUCAAUCCCGGGCUUUGGCUUUCCUGUGUGGAGUUUGCAUGUUCUCCCCGUGCCUGCGUGGGUUUCCUCCGGGAACUCCGGUUUCCUCCCACAUCCCAAAAACAUGCAUCUUAGGCUGAUUGAACACUCUAAAUUGUCAGUAGGUAUGAGUGUGUGCGUGAAUGGUUGUAUGUCUCCUUGUGCCCUGCGAUUGGCUGGCAACCAGUUCAGGGUGUCCCCUGCCUACUGCCCGUAGUUAGCUGGGAUAGGCUCCAGCACCUCCGCGACCCUCGUGAGGAAAAAAGCGGCAUGGAAAAUGAAUGAAUGAAUAAAAUAAAUUGUUGGAAAGAUAAGACACAAGAUGAAUAUAUACAUUCAACAUACGGUACAUAAGGACUGUAGUGGGCAUUUCACUCUACUGUCAUUUAAAUCUGUCUAUGCUGUCCUCACUCCGAAGCGUCUACUUUUUCCAAAGCUAGACAGCUAGUGAACGACGCCUUAAUAAUCAGACUUCUUCCUUUUUCAUCUGAUUUAUUAAGAAAAUGGCCUCAAACCAUUGUCCUCUUUAGACCGUCCUAAAACUACACAUAAAAAAAAAGUACACAAGCAUUGCAUUAGCAACAACGUUAGCUUAGCACGCUAUACAGGUUCACUAAACAUAAACAAAAAGCGUCUCAUACAAAAAAUAUAACAUUUCGCUUACUAACAUAAUAUGUACAUUCUUUACAACAACCAUACUUACGGAAAAAUCUUGUCCAAGGAUCAUAUAAGCACAACCUUAUCAGCCCGAGACGUCGUGCAGCCAUAAUGAACUGGUAAGAAAACAAUAAACCAUGUCGCAAAGCGACCACAAGAGUUCGCUGUUGGACAGCAUAAAAAGCUUUGCUGUAAAACCUACCAAAAGGCAGAAUACUUUCUGAGCGGGACAUGUGCGUUAAUUGCGUCAAAUAUUUUAACGUGAUUAAUUAAAAAAAUUAAUUCCGCGCGUUAACACGAUAAUUUUGAUAGCCCUAAUAUAUAUACAUAUACAUAUAUAUAUAUAUAUAUUUAAAAAAGGCAUGUCCGAUAUUUUUUUGCCGAUUCCGAUACUUUAAAAAUGACGUGAUCGGACCCGAUCGAUCGGGACAUCUCUACUUACGAACUUAAUUGGUUCUGGAAGUCGUUUUCUUAACUUGAAACUUCUGUAAGUAGAGACGCGUUUCCCAUGUACAAUGGUAUGAAAAAGUAUCUGAACCUUUUGGAAUUUCUCACAUUUCUGCAUAAAAUCACCAAAUGUAAUCAGAUCUUUGUCAAAAUCACACAGAUGUAAAAACAGUGUCUGCUUUAACUAAAACCAAACAUUUAUAGGUUUUCAUAAUUUAAUGAGGAUAGCAUGCAAGCAAUGACAGAAGGGGGGGGGGGGAAUAAGUAAGUGAACCCUCUGCCUAAGGAGACUUAAAGAGCAAUUGAAACCAAUUUUUACCAAACAAUUUAAGUGGUUUAAAGCUGCCCUGCCCACUAUAAAACACACACCUGCUAAGAAUUUUCUUGAUGAGAAGCAUUGUCUGAUAUGCAUCAUUGCUCGGUCAAAAGAGCUGUCUGAAGACCUGCGAUCAAGGAUUGUUGAUUUGUAUGAAGCUGGGAAAGGAUACAAAACUAUCUCUAAAAGUCUGGAUGUUCAUCAGUCAGACAAGUUGUCUACGAAUGGAGAGAGUUUGGCACUGUUGCUUCUCUCCUUAGGGGUGGCCAUCCACCAAAGAUGAUGCCAAGAGUUCAGCGCAGAAUACUCAGAGAGGUUAAAAAGAAACCCUACAGUGUCUGCUAAAGACUUACAGAAAUCACUGGCACAUUCCAAUAUCUCUGUGCACACAUCAACUACAUGUAAAACUAUGGCCAAGAAUGGUGUUCAUGGGAGGACUCCACGGAGGAAGCCACUGCUGUCUUGAACACUCCACAGAAGUUUUGGCAAAAUAUUUUGUGGACUGAUGAAACCAAAGUUGAAUUGUUUGGGAGUAAAACACAAUGUUAUGUGUGGAGGAAAAAUGGAACAGCUCACCGAUAUCAGCACCUCAUCCCCACUGUGAAGCACGGUUGAGGGAGCAUCAUGAUUUGUGGCUGUUUUGCUACCUCAGGGCCUGGACAACUUGCAAUCAUUAAUGGAAGAAUGAAAUUAAACGUUUUGCAGGAAAACCUGAGGCCGCCUGUCAGACAGUUGAUGCUACAAAGAGGAUGGGUGCUGCAACAAGACAAUCAUCCAAAACACAGAAGUAAAUCAACUUCAGAAUGGUUUCAGAAGAACAAAAUCCACGUUCUGGCGUGGCCAAGUCAAGGCCCAGACUUGAACCCCAUUGAGAUGCUAUGGCAUGACCUAAAGACAGCGAUUCAUGCUAGAAAUCCCAGAAAUCUGACUGAACUACAGCAGUUUUGUAGAGAAGAAUGGGCCAAGAUUAGUCCUGAUCCAUUUGCCGGACUGAUCUGCAGCUACAGGAAGCGUCUGGUUGAAGUUACUCCUGCCAAAGGGGGGGCCACAAAAUAUUAAAUGUGAUGCUUCACUGACUCAUUAUUCCCCCUCCUGUCAUUAUUUGCAUAUUAUCCUCAAUAAAAUAUUAAAACCUAUAAAUGUUUGGGGGGUUUUAGUUAAAGCAGACACUGUUUUUUCACUCUGUGUGAUUUUGACAAAGAUCAGAUUACAUUUGAUGGUGGUUUUAUGCAGAAAUGUGAGAAAUUCCAAAAGGUUCAGAUACUUUAUCAUACCACUGUAAAUGCCCUAAUCAGUUCAAAGCCCCCCAAAAUUCAGACAAAAAUCUUUUAUAAUGCAUAAAAAUGCAUGUAACAAAUACGUUACAAUUAAAGUAAUGCACAUUUAACAUAGAAUCAGAGUUGUGCAUAUGUAAGAAAAAAUAAAUAACAGAACAAACAAAAACACAAUAAAGAAUAAAAAUUAAUACACUCGUGAAAAGCUGUCGGAACACGAGGGGCGAAUGAAGAGGACGCUGGGAUACACACAUACACAUACAGUAGAGGUCCCUUUUAGCCAAUUGGAUGCCAGGGAUGCUAGACAUUAGCCAAUGGCAGAGCAGCUAUAAAUAUGUUACGUUCCAGUAAAUUUUUGCCUUUCAUAUCCUGAAAUUUCUUUCAUAACAAGAGGCAAUAUUUUCCCGUUGAGGCGUGUCUUAACCUGAAAAUUCUGUAUAUACAGACAUUCAUAAGUCGAGGUACCACUAUAUUUCUAGAUCAGUGGUUCUUAACCUUGCUAGAGGUACCGAACCCCACAAAUUUCACAUGUGGAUUCAACGAAACCUACGAAAUUAGAUAAUAAAGCCAUUUUUUCAAAUUCAAAACCAAUAUAUCUAAGCUAGUGAGCUAAUAAUUCAGCAAAUUCCCGUUCAAAAUUCUUCUCAUUGUUUUAUAAACAGUUCAAAAUUUGAGACCACGCUGCCCAUUGGUCUGUUGUAUUCCUUCAUACCAAGUGUGUGUCAACCUUCCACUGAGCAAACCAGUUGCUCCUCCCAUCAGUUCGAGGACUACCAGUUAAAAGAAAUGUAAAUCGGGAGAAAAACAGUCCAAAACCUGGUCUAAAAAGCCACUUUGCACAGAUUUAAUGACAGUACGAAAAUAGGGCUCUGCGUUUCUUUAUUUAUGGCGAACCCCUGGGUUUCGAUCUAACCCAGGUUAAGAACCACUGUUCUAGAUUAAGUAAGGUAGCGUAACCUGUCCCCAACAACUGACAUUUUCUUUCUUUCCUGUCCAUUCCGAUGAUGUUUGUUUAGGCGAAAGGUAUUGUAUAGUUGUCAUGCUGCGGAAAAUGCUGCAGUCCCUUAUCGUGAUGUACUGUAGGACCCCAAUCCCUACCCUACCCUUUUUCAUAACCCCCCCCCUACUCAGUGGCUCAUUCUGGUGAAUAUAUUAACGCAAGAAAAGGGGGGGACCUGCAGGAGGUUGCGGAGUCUGCGAUGAAGCAUGCAUGCGGGUUUUGGUUUGUGCAAGUGUGUGUGUGUUCUUGAGGGAAAAAAAUACGGGGCAUGCUGGAUCGCUGACAUUUGAGCAAGCAAAAGGACAAAAAGAACAAAUGAGAAACAGAUGUGGGAUUCUUUGGAUUAGCGAGCAAUAAAAAUUCCACCUGACUGAAGGAGACUGUGCAGGUAGUCCCGGGUUACGAACGGCGCUACGCUGGCAAUGGAACCAGAAUUUCAGCGUAAAUUGGAAUUAACCUUUUAAAAAUUCAAAUAACGAUCAAAAAAAGUCCAAAAGUAUUGUAUUUUGUUUAAUGGUGGAGGAUACACUGCCCUCUGGUGGCAGCAUUGGGUCUGGCUGGACUGUCGUUUCAUAAUGCUUCCCUACAGGAGCACUCUGACGUCUCACAUGGAUAAAGGAUAGCGGCGCUCUGGUUCGUCACACAUAAGACUGUAAGUUGUUUCAGCUAAUAUACGAUGUUUGUGUAUGCAUUUGUAAUUAAGUUCACAGCUCUAGUUUGUGGAGUUACGUGUGAGCGAUUUGCUAUGAGAAUUGUAAAUACGUUAGCAUGCAUAGCAUUUAAGCUAGCGGACUUUUGUGAGGAAAAUUAGGCUAAUUUAAUCGACUGAAUUUACAUAGUGAUCAGACUUGAAGGAAUCUGACCUUUCAGCCAGAUUGCCGGAAUCACGCUAGCGCAAUUCCAACGACCCGGGCAGGUGGGGAAUCCGACAACCCGGCCAAAAGGCCAAACGCCGCGCGUUCACCUUAGUUUUAAACCCUUGUACUGACUCCGUUUUAAAAGCUGGAAAAAGGCUUCGAUAGACAAGUAACAAUUUAUUCUGAGUCGACAGCAAUGAUACAGCACAGAGAGACCCAGCGGAGGAUCCAAGGUCAUCAUAUCACAAGUCACCAAAAAAUUUCUGAGAAAAAUGAACACGAUUAAUUAAACAUUCAGUCUUUUAAAGGAUCUGGUGAGGCGGGUUGUGGUCCAGAAGAAGGGUGUGUUUGGGCGUUGUUUAGGACUAUUUUCUGUUUGUGGAUUGGACAAGAGGAUUCGGAUGUUACUGUUGUCAGAGCGAAGAGAGAUAAGGAUUUUGUCAUCCUGAUUGUUCACUUCUCGGUCGCGGGUUCCUCCAUAUCAGAUGUUCCUUGUGGCAAGACAAGAUGUCCGCCCAUUUGUUCUGGACUGUCCGGAAGAGCUGAUUGCGGGAUUUGGUGGUGCAAACGUGGGCUUGUAGAUGUCUUGCCUAUCACCUGGUUGUCAGCGUCAAUUUUGCUCAGUCAGCUGCAUGACGCAGGCGUUCGGCUUCCAUGGUCAGAAGGCGUCCUGUAUCUGUUCUGCCUUAUCUGCCCGUUGUCUUGGCUCUUCAAAUCCUAAUCAUAGCAAGUCCAACUGUUCAUAAGAUCAAAUAUAUUCUGCUUCUUUUUUCUUAAACUGAUAUAAAUGCUAUUUAUCUUAUAUUGGGUAUUCAAGAGUAAUAUAGUCAAACAGUAAAUACGAGAAAAGAUACUGUUCCUUUCAUACUCGAUGGACAUUAGUAAAAAGCUUCAAAAAGCACAAUUUAUUUGUUUGCUGUCUGUAAAGCCGAAAAACUUCACGUUUAGUGAAGACAGAACAGGUCAUGUUGAUAAAGUAAAGUAAAAAGUAAGAUACUGUGAGGUACAAUUAGGUACUGUUUGUGCGACAAAAACAAUGACUUGGGACAAAAUGGCGGACGAGACUCUGGCGUCGCAAAGUCCAAAUCGCGUAAGUCGAGUACGUCGUAACCCGGGGACUACCUAUAUUGUGUUAGAAACAGUCGAUUAAACCCAUCCACACAUCGAAAUGCUGCAGUAGUGCUCCAGAACGUCUACCAAACACCACAGACAACUAACAAAGCUUUCCUACCAGGAUCUUUCCAGUAAAUGACAACGUGGGUUUUUACAGUUUGUGACUAUAGCUGCACUGAAACUUAGAUGACUUGUUCACUGAACAUUACAAUACAUGUAACUAAGAGGGAUUUCUAGAGUCAUUGACUUGCAUGCUAUUGUUGGCACUAGAUCCAACUGGUCAGGUUUUACUUGCACUGAUGUGAAAAUGUGAUAUUGUGUUUGAUUUCAAUUUAUUUUUUUGUACCACAUGGUUGUCUGGCUGUGAUUUUGAGCUGCGGAGUGGAGUGAUUGUUUUACACUGGCAUGUGGGAGCACAAGCUUGUGGUGUAGUGCUGGUCCACCUUUCAGGUUGGAUUUCUGUAUUGGUAUUUUUUUUGUUUGUUUGAAAUCUAAAAACAUGUAGCAGCAAGUGUGUGUAGCAUGAAAUCUCAUCAGAUUGUCUGUGUUUCCAAACAAAAAGGGCUACAUUUUUUAAACAAACUUGUAUUUGUUUUAUGAUGCUAGUAUUGUGAUGUUUUGACAUGAUGAAUUAAAUGCAUUUGGGAACAGUUAACUUUUUUAAGUGUUUUGUGUGUGGCACCUCGCUGUAG